CGCCUCUUUCCCCUCUAACUCAAAGCCCCCCAAAACGACUCCAAUCAAAGCGUCUCUUUCUCUCUUCUCAGACCGGAAACCUCAACACUGACCACAAUAGGGACGCCGCAAGAAACACAGCUACUGUCCCGGAAUCACCACUAGCUCUGGCGCGUUAGCAACUGCUUUCAUCCAAACGGAGCGACGGAAAAUCUCUCUAAUACGACUUCGGAGUAGCAAACAUGCAUUCAUUUGGCUAUAGAGCAAACGCUUUGCUUACUUUCGCCGUUACCAUCCUCGCGCUAAUGUGCGCUAUCGCCUCCUUCUCCGAUACCUUUAAUUCUCCCUCUCCCUCUUCGCAAAUCCAGAUAUUGAACAUCAAUUGGUUUCAAAAGCAGCCGCAUGGAAAUGAUGAGGUUAGCCUCACAAUGAAUAUAACAGCUGAUUUACGGUCACUGUUUACAUGGAACACUAAGCAGGUUUUUGCAUUUGUAGCUGCAGAGUAUGAAACCCCAAAGAAUUCCUUGAACCAGGUUUCACUCUGGGAUGCAAUUAUACCAACCAAAGAGCACGCAAGCUUUUGGAUUCAAACUGCAAACAAGUAUCGGUUUGUUGACCAGGGAAGCAAUCUUCGUGGUAAAGAAUUCAAUUUGACUUUGCACUGGCAUGUCAUGCCCAAGACAGGCAAGAUGUUUGUCGAUAAACUAGUCAUGUCAGGAUAUCGUUUGCCAGAAGAGUAUAGAUAAAGGAUAUGGUCUUUGUUGUACUCUUUUUUAGCUGUAACUUAAGACAGUAAUAUGAGAUGAUAAAGUUCGGCUGAACUGAAAAUCUAGAAACAGAGAAAUGGAUGUUGACAAAGAAAAUGAUUCUUUUGGGAUAUUUUGGUGCCUCACAUAAUUUUAUUUAAAAGAUGUGGAAAAUCUAUUCAGGCUUGUC